AAUGGCUGCCUUGCCGGUACACAGGAUUACACUUCCAGUUAUGUGGAUAAUUCUUACUACUUCAUGCGCAGUCAAAAUUAAUGGAGAUAUGGAAACCUGCCUAGAGGUUGUUCCCCAUCUCCAAUACUCGUGUUACAGGAGGAACCUGAGCUACAUCCCAGCCAGUAUCCCUCCCUCGACAGAACAUUUGGAUUUCAGUUUUAAUUACCUAAACAUCUUGGAGAAAAGUGUUUUCCCCAGACUACCAUUACUGCAACAUCUUGAUCUCACAAGAUGUCACGUCAAACACAUUGACAAUGAUGCCUUCUUUAAUGUAAGGAAUUUAUCUGUUUUGAUUCUCACCGGAAAUCCAGUCAAAUAUUUGGGAAGAAGCAGCAUUAAUGUUUUGGAAAAAAUACACAAGCUUGUCCUAGUAGACAUCGGUCUGCUUUCCUGGGAUAGUCUGAAUUUACAGAAUUUAACAAACCUAAAGGAAUUAAAAAUGGGAACAAACAGCUUAUUAUCCAUCGCUCUUCCAACCUAUGCUGUCAGCUUCAAGGACUUCACAUUACUGGACUUUCAUACAAACAACAUAUCUGCUAUCAGGGCUGAUCACACUUCUGUUUUGAGUGAGAUGGGUAGCAAUAUCACUUUAAUAUUGUCCAGAAACCCAAUAGCCUUCAUAGAAACAGGGGCAUUUAAAGGCCUUCACCUGGAAGAGCUAGAUCUACGUGACACCUUCAGCUCAUCCACGAUGGUUAGAGAUGCUACUGGAGGCCUCAAUGGUUUAAAUGUGAAAAGGUUGAGAAUUGGAUGCUACCGGGAAUCUGGAAGGAUCCAUAUAUACACAGAUUCCUUGGACAAUCUAUGUUACAUAAACUUUCAGGAGAUAUAUUUGCAUCAAUCCACAUCUUCAAAGCUACCAGGUCACAUCUUCCGUUGCAUGACUAAUUGUUCAAAAAUCUUUCUGAGUUAUGUUAAAUUGGAUAUCGGAGAACUUUUUCAUUUUCAAAACCUCAAAGAGAUUAUUGUGGUUGAAGGCAUAAUGGCCACUAUACCAGGACUUAAUCUGUCUCAUCUACCCAAUUUAAAAAAAAUGGUCUUCAAAAUGGCCUUCGACGGCAAUUAUCAUCCAUCAGAAUUCAAAAGGAUAGAGGAUUUGCCUAGUCUAGAAUAUGUUGAUAUAAGCGGUAGUAAUUUGAUAAUGUCUUGUUGUGAUGCAGAAUUUAUUGACACUCCUAAACUUCGGUAUCUGAAUCUGAGUGUGAAUGCAGGUGUUAGACUUAGAGUAUUUGGACUUUCAAGACAUACAUCUCUAGAAAUAUUGGAUAUCCAUGACACAAAAGUUAUAGUUGAACAUGAGUAUCCUGUUAUGCAAAACCUUCGGCAUUUGAAAUAUCUGGACCUUUCUUAUUCACAAAUUACCUUUAAAUACAACAGUUUCUUUUAUGGUUUGAGCAGUCUGAAGGAAUUGAAAAUAGCUGGCAACAGCUUUGUAAACGGUAUUUUUAGCCAAUUAUUUUUAAAUCUUACAACGUUGGAGGUGCUGGACGUUUCAAAUUGUGCCAUUGGAGACAUACCCUUGACUUCUUUCCAGGAUCUGCAUCAUUUAAAACACUUGACUCUUAGAGGGAACAAAUUGACCAAAGUGGACUUCCUCACCCGUCCCAGUCUGUCAAAACUGACCUUUUUUCAUGCGGCUGGCAACAAUAUAGCCAGUAUCUCUCCAAACAUUCUUCAGAAUCUCCCCGUGGAUCUUCUGGUGUUUGAUUUGUCCUUCAAUCCCAUAGAAUGUUCCUGUUCUCACACUGAAUUUAUUUCCUGGAUCAUUAAUCAUCAAUCAGUUCUAAAAGAUCCUCAACAAAUGUCAUGCAAACCCUCAUCCAUGAACUCUAGAGUGAUUGACUUUGACUCCACACACUGUGUUCAUACAAAGAGAGUGAUAACAGUGGUGCCCAUACUUGCAGCUGUUAUGUUACUCCUAUUCUUGGUUUACAAGUUCCAGUUCUAUCUGCGUUACUGCUGCAUAUUGCUAAGAGGCUACAGAACGUCUAGACAGGACGAAUGCUCUCAUGAUGCCUUUGUGAUCUACUCCAGCAAGGAUGAAGCCUGGGUAAGGGAUGAGCUUGUAGAACGCCUUGAGAAAGGAAUCCCCCCAAUUCAGCUUUGCCUUCACGAGCGAGAUUUUGAAGCAGGCAAGUCAAUCACCUCCAAUAUUGUGGACGAAGGCCUCAUAGGUAGCCGCAACGUUAUCGUGGUGGUGACUCAGCACUUCAUAGACAGUUCCCGGUGUCGGUUUUGAGGUAUUGAACUGGCACCAGUCCUGCGCUUGGUCUUGGGGGCGAACCAAAACCCAGCCAUCAUCUCAUCAUCUGAAGAUGUGGAAGAUAAGAAGAUAAGGAGAGUGCUCGGACUUCAUAAGUAUCUGAAAAAGAACACCUACCUCAAGUGGAAGAGGAAUGCACUAAGCAAUGUGAGGUUCUGGACUCGUCUCAGAAAAGCCAUUAUAUUAAAGAAAUGACAUUUUUGAACUUCUCAAACUAGAAUACAUCUUACCUGGUUCUGAAACAGGUUGAUAAAUGUGGAUCUAAUGGUGUGAUUGUGUGGAUCUCUCUCUGAUUUUUUUUAUGUAUAUGUCAUUCAAGAGACUUUCAGCAUCUGAAAAUCCACCUCUGCAGUGCUUAAUGGUAUAUGUUACCUUUUUUCACUGUCUGUGAAAUGACUGAUGACCGAUGACUGAGACUAGUAAGAGAUUUAAACUUGAUGUUGUGGCAUACUGUAUUUUCACUCCUAUUACUGUACAACUACUAUAUGGUUUGGUCUAAUUCAUUAAAUUGUGAUUAUUUAAAUGUAUACUCAUCCAUUUGGGGUAUAGCUUACAUUCUUCUAACAUUUAAGCUUACCAUUUAUUGUAUUAAUAAAUUGUUCAUCCAUUA